GAGAGACGCACGCGGGCGAGGAGACGACGUGGAGGUGACGAGGAGUGGAGGAGGAGGAGAGGGGUGACGAGGAGGAGGAGGAGAGGGGUGACGAGGAGGAGGAGAGGCCGCCAUGUCCUGCAGGCUCCUGCGGGCUCGGAGCGGAGCGUGGCGCCGUGCUUGGCGCUGGAGCGUGCGCGACGCGCAUGGCUCCGCCGCUGCGGUGAAGUUGACGCCCGGCGCCAGCGAGCGGGCGCAGCGGCUGGUGGCGGGGCAGCGCCUCCACGGGUACAGCGUGCAGCGGGUGGUGCCCGUGCCCGACCUGUUCCUGACGGCCGUGGCGCUGAGGCACGACAGGACCGGCGCUCAGCACCUCCACCUGGCACGUGAUGACCCCAACAACCUGUUCAGCGUGCAGUUGGCCACCACCCCGCGGGACAGCACCGGCGUGCCGCAUAUUCUGGAGCACGUGGCGCUCUGCGGCUCGCGCCGCUUCCCGUGCCGCGACCCAUUUUUCAAGAUGCUCAACCGCUCGCUCGCCACCUUCAUGAACGCCUUCACCGCGAGCGACUACACGAUGUACCCGUUCUCCACCCAGAACCCUCAAGACUUUCGCAACCUCCUGUCCGUCUACCUGGACGCCGUGUUCUUCCCGCGCCUCCUGGAGCUCGACUUCUGGCAGGAGGGAUGGCGGCUCGAGCACGAAGACCCCAAGGACCCGGGCACCCCCCUCGCCCUGCGUGGCGUCGUCUUUAACGAGAUGAAGGGGGCCUUCGCCGACAGGGAGCAGCUGUUCUGUCAGCAUGCGCAGAAUGCGCUGCAGCCGGAGCACACGUACGGCGUCGUGAGUGGGGGACACCCGGCCCACAUCCCUGAACUCACCUGGGAGGGCCUGCGGGCCUUCCACGCCGCGCACUACCACCCGUCCAAUGCACAGUUCGUGACGUACGGAGACCUUCCGCUGGAGCCGACGCUGCAGCAGAUCGAAGCCGAGGCACUGAGCCACUUCGAGCGCAUCCAGCCCGACACGGCCGUGCCCAGCCAACCGCGCUGGAGCCAGCCGAGGGAGGUGCACGUGACCUGUGAGGCUGACCCCCUGGCCCCCGACCCCAGCAAACAGACGACCGUCAGCGUGAGCUUUCUCCUGGGAGACAUCACGGAGGUGUUUGAGUCAUUUGUGCUGAAUGUGGUCUCCUCUCUGCUCGUGUCCGGGCCCAGCGCGCCCUUCUACCGGGCCCUGCUCGAGUCCGGGAUGGGCUCCCACUACGCCCCAGUUACCGGGUAUGACGGCAGUACGCGCGAUGCGGCGUUUGGCGUGGGGCUGCAGGGCGUUGCGCCGGGGGACGUGGAACGCGUGACGAGCGCCGUGCACGCCACCAUCGCCAGCGUCGUGCGGACGGGAUUUGAGGCUGAGCGGAUCGAGGCUCUUCUGCACAAGAUGGAGUUGGGUCUCAAGCACCAGGGAACCAACUUUGGGCUGACGCUGGCGACCGCGCUGGCGUCGAGCUGGGGUCAUGGCGGUGACCCCGUAGAGAUGCUGCGCGUGGACGCGCACGUGCGCCGCCUGCGCUCACUGCUGGCGACGGAGCCCUCGUUCCUGCAGGACGCGGUGAAGUGGCACCUGCAGGACAACCCCCAUCGCUUGACCCUGGUGAUGACCCCCGACCCCGGCUACGCGGAGCGGCAGGCGGAGAAGGAGGCGGAGACGCUGCGGGCGCUGGCGGGCGGUCUCUCCGCCGAGGAGCGCGAGCGCGUGCACCACAAGGGCCUGGAGUUGCUGGCGCUGCAGGACUGCCAGGAGGACGUCUCGUUCUUGCCCACGCUCCGAGUGUCGGACAUCGACCCGCAGAUCCCACGCACGCACACACGGCUCACCUGGGCCGAGCGCGACGUGCCAGUGCAGGUGAGCGAGCAGCCCACGAACGGGGUCGUGAGUUUCCGCGCGCUGCUUUCGCUCGCGGCCGUGCCGUGCGACCUGCAGCCGCUCGUGCCCCUCUUCUGCCACGUGCUCGCCAAAGUGGGUUGCGGUGACAUGGAUUACCGGCAGCUAUCCCAGUGGAUCGAUCUCCGCACCGGUGGCCUCGAUGCCAGCACCAGCAUUCUCCCGGACCACUCGCAGCUGGAUUACUACCAGCAGGCUGUGGUGCUGCACUCGGUGUGCCUGGACAGGAACGUUGCCGAGAUGAUGCAAAUCUGGACCGACAUCUUUACCGGGCUGCGCUUCGUGGACGCCGAGCGCCUGCGCACACUGGCGCUCAUGCUGACGCAGGAGCUGUCGAACGGCGUCGCCAGCAACGGGCACCGCUACGCCAUGACCAGCGCCGCCGGCUCCCUGUCGCCCGCCGGCCGACUCGGCGAGAGCCUGCACGGCCUGGCGCAGGUGUCGCUGAUGAAGCGGGUGGCAGAGCAGCAGGAUCUGACCCCGAUCCUGGACGACCUGCAGCGCAUCGCUAACCACCUGCUGCACUCAGGGGGGCUCAGGUGUGCGGUGAAUGCCACCCCGGCUGGCGUGGACAGCGCUGUGAGUGCCGUGUGUGGGUUCGUGCGUUCUAUGGCGGAGCCGGGGGUGGGCUUUGGGCCCGCGCAGCCAGACGUCAUCACGCUACCCCUGCCGUACGAGACGGAGGCGUCUGGCCGCACGGCCCAUCGCACAAUCCUCACCGACCCUGCGUUCAGGCCCCGUGAGAUGAAGACUCACUUCCAGAUGCCAUUCCCCGUCAACUUUGUGACGCAGUGCGUGCGUGCCGUGCCGUUCACUCACCGCGACUUCGCCAGUCUGCGUGUUCUAGCACGGCUGAUGUCUGCCAAGUUCUUGCACCGCGAAAUCCGAGAGAAGGGAGGGGCCUACGGAGGGGGGGCCACGAUUGCCCACGACACGCUGGCCUUCUACUCCUACAGGGACCCCGGCUCCCUGGACACCUUAGCGGCUUUCCGCCGAGCGAGCGAGUGGGCGUGCAAGGGGUCGUUCUCGGAGCGGGACGUUGAGGAGGCCAAGCUGUCCGUGUUUUCCGCAGUCGACGCGCCUGUGGCACCUGGGGAUAAAGGGAUGUCCCUGUUUCUGCACGGAGUCUCGGACAGCAUGCGGCAACAGCAUCGCGAGCGGCUGUUUGCCGUCACGCACGCGAGCCUCACGGACAUUGCCAACAGGUUCCUGGACCCUGUGAGUGGCCCUCGUGCCGUCGUGUUACUGGGCCCCCAGAACCAGGACGUCAGCCGUGACCCCUCCUGGACCAGCUGCUAAUGGAGCCAAGCACGCAGACACAAUGGGGCCUGCCGCACCACACCUCGGGUUGCACAGACACCACACGCAAGCCUGUAAUAUCUAACAAAGGCUGUAUCAUCGUAUCAAGGCCUGCAGAAGCACACUGAGGACUGCUCACACACCAGACUGAUGCCUGAAGCAACGAGGCUCGCACUCCAGGCACACUGCACUCAUGAUGCCUUGCGGUCCACACACAGUGUUAUUAUUAUUUGCAACUUAGCAAUGUUGCUAAAUUUGCGACUUUUUGGGUUUCGACAAAAUUUCAUACAAAAUCGCGCAGAUUUUUGGAGUGAUUCCUGAUGUAUGUUUUAAUGAUUGAUGAUAAGUUAACGCGUAAUAAUUAGUAAAUAGUCUCGUGACAUGUUUUAGUAGAUAGGUUAUUUGAACUUAUCUACGUGACUUUACCGAAAGACCCAAAGAAUAUGAAUUUCUGCAGUCACGAAAGCUUUAAGUCAACAUUUUUUACAACUUUUGAAGGUUUAGAGACAGAAUAUUUUUGAGGUACACUUUGGUAUGUUUUGCAAGCCGGUAUGAUUCAUAAUUGAUUUUUAGGUUCCGCCAAAUUUUUGUCAUGUAACCUUUUAACACCCUAAGCCAAACAUCAAAUUGUCCCAACCGGUCGGUUAUGACAAUUGUUCUUCCACUUACUGGUGAGCUGAAAGAAUAACACUAUCACAAUUUUUGUUCCUGGGUGUUAAGUGUUAUUUUGUAAUUGCUUAUGCCUAAAAAGUAUACAAAAUGGCUAUUAUUUCCCACAAUCUGUGCUUUUGUGACCAGGACAGUGAUAUUUUGAAAUUUACCUAUUGUCAAUGAAAAAACUGGCGAAUUUGUAUCUUUUGAUUCACAUAAAAUCAGAAAAAACAACAUGAAUAAAAAUGUACAUGUAUUUAUAAUAAUAUUUAUAAAGUAAUACAAAAAUGACUACAAAAGAUUUAGAA